UUGUUUAUCUCAAUUCACAAUUCCUCAACUUGUAUUAAAUUCUUGUUAUAAUGAAGGCUUGGAGAUGAAACAAAGGUGACACUCACAAAGGGAAGUUUCUUAGGCACUUCCAAAGGCAAUGACAAUGGCAUUCAUUAGAAUGUUUUUCAUUCUUCUAUUUCUACUCCAUUUUAUUUUGGUAUCCAGCAAUACGGGUUCACCUUAUCCAAAUCGUCGUCGUUAUCCUUAUCAUGAUUGUCUUCAGGGCCGAUCUUUGGUUGAAGACAAGGCUGCACUUCUAGCAUUCAAGAAGUCGGUAUUAGUGGAUCCAAAAUCGACUCUUGCGAACUGGGAAGAUGGUGUUCAUGUUUGCAACUUCACUGGUGUCACAUGUAACGAGCAACAUCAUCGUGUGACACAAAUUGAUCUCUCUAGCUCUGGACUUGUGGGGAAGAUAUCACCUUCCCUUUCAAACCUCACUGCUCUUCAACUCAUAAACCUUUAUGAAAACCACUUCUUCAGCAUCAUUCCACCACAACUUUCCUCCCUCCCUUGCCUCCAAACUCUUGUACUUAAUCAAAAUGACUUAAAUGGUCCAGUGCCCGAUAGUUUCGCCCUCCUCACCAGCCUCAUCGUGUUUGCUGUUAUGGAAAACAACUUGACAGGCCCCCUGCCUCCUUCCUUUUUCUCUAACUGUACGCAAUUAAAAGUUAUAGAUUUGUCUUUCAACUACAUCACAGGUCGAAUUCCUAUGGAAAUUGGAGACUGUCCCGGUUUAUGGACACUCAAUUUAUACAACAAUCAAUUUAUUGGCCAGCUUCCUGCAUCCUUAACCAAUACUACACUAUAUAAUCUAGAUGUGGAGAACAAUCAUCUAUCUGGUGAACUGCCUUCAGAUUUAGUAAGCAAGCUUCCGAAUCUUAUGUUUCUUCAUUUGUCAUAUAACAACAUGAGAAGCCAUGGAAAUAACACCGAUCUUUAUCCCUUCUUUGCCACGUUAGGAAAUUGUACUGGCUUGACGGAACUUGAAUUGGCUGGAAUGGGACUUGGAGGAAAAUUACCGAGCUCAAUUGGUCACCCUAGUCUGAAGCGCCUCGAAUUGCAGGAAAACCUCAUAAUCGGGUCGAUUCCACCAGAAAUCAGGAACCUCUCCAACAUUACGAUGUUGAACUUGACAUCCAAUUUUCUAAAUGGAACAAUCCCAGAAGAGUUGAGUUUAUUGUUAAUGUUGGAACGACUUCUUUUGUCCCACAACUUGUUCAACAUCAGAAUUCCUUUAGAAUUAGCAAAAUUGCCUCAUCUCGGUCAGCUUGAUCUCUCCAACAACAAAUUCUAUGGAGAAAUCCCUGCCAGCUUUGGAGAUUUACUUGCACUUCGAUAUUUGUUUCUCAAUAACAACCUCCUUUCUGGGACAAUACCGCCACAACUAUUCAAAUGCUCCAAUCUUUACAUGCUUGAUCUGUCUUACAAUAAGCUAACAGGGAGGAUCCCUCAAGAGGUAAUCGAAAUACGUGAAAUCAGAGGAUUCAUAAAUUUGUCACACAACCUUUUUGAAGGGCUUUUACCAAUUGAGCUCAGCAAGCUGGAAAAUGUUGAAGAAAUUGAUCUCUCAUCAAACAACCUUAAUGGGAACAUCUUCCCACAAAUAUCGAGCUGUAUCGCAGUGAAAGCGAUAAAUUUCUCACAUAAUUCCCUCCAAGGCCAACUUCCGGAGUCUCUAGGUGAUCUAAGGAACCUCGAAUCAUUCGAUGUUUCGAGCAACAACAUAGCUGGAAGCAUACCGAUGAGUUUGAGCAAAAUUAACCUCACAUUUUUGAAUCUUUCUUUUAACAACUUUGAAGGAAUGGUUCCUACUAGUGGCAUCUUCAAUUCAGCCACAUAUAUGUCCUUCUUAGGCAAUCCGCGUCUAUGUGGAGUGGCGUCUACUAGGGUGACAUGUCCGCGGAAGAAGCAUUGGUUUCAAUCACGUGCAUUCUUGAUUAUUUUUAUCCUAGUCAUAUUUGUCUCAGUGUUGUUAUCAGCAGUACUCUGUGUGAUUGGAGUCCGUCGCACUAAACUAAUGGUUGCAUCCAGGAGAAAUGAAAGAUUAAGAAAGCCAUCAACACCAGAAAUAAUGCACAAGUUCCCCAGAAUCAGUUACAAAGAACUGUUAAAUGCCACUGGAGGAUUCGAUGACCGGAAUCUAAUUGGGACAGGUAGCUACGGACGUGUUUACAGAGGAGUUCUCCAGGAUGGAACAAGCAUUGCCGUAAAGCUAUUACAUUUGCAGUCUGGGAAUUCAACCAAAAGUUUGAACAGAGAAUGCCAAGUUCUAAAGAGGAUUCGGCACCGAAAUCUUAUUCGGAUUAUAACAGCCUGUAGUUUACCCGAUUUUAAGGCUUUGGUUCUUCCGUAUAUGGCAAAUGGAAGCUUAGAUAGCCGUCUCUAUCCACAAUCUGAGUCUAGUUCGGGUCAAGGCUCCUCCAAUCUGAGCCUAAUUCAGAGAGUCAGGAUUUGUAGUGACAUUGCUGAAGGGGUGGCCUAUUUGCAUCACCUUUCCCCAGUUCGAGUCAUACACUGUGAUCUAAAACCAAGCAAUGUUCUUCUAAAUGAUGAUAUGACGGCAUUGGUUUCAGACUUCGGGAUUGCAAGGCUGGUUAUGACAGUAGCUGCUGGCAAUGGAGGUGGGGCUAUUGAUGACAUGGGAAAUUCCAGUGCAAAUAUGUUAACCGGAUCCAUUGGUUAUAUUGCACCAGAAUAUGGAUUUGGAUCGAAUAUGUCCAUCCGGGGAGAUGUAUACAGCUUCGGAGUUAUAGUUCUUGAAAUGGUGACAAGAAGACGACCAACUGAUGACAUGUUUGCUGGUGGAUUCAGCUUGCACAAAUGGGUAAAGAAUCACUACCAUGGAAAGGUUGAAAAUGUGGUGGACCCAUCACUGAUUCAAGCAUCAAUGGAGCAGUCCUCUGAAGUGAAAAGAAUGUGGGAAGUUGGCAUUGCAGAACUGAUUGAAUUGGGUAUUCUUUGUACUCAAGAAAUCCCCUCGACUCGGCCAACCAUGCUCGAUGCUGCCGAUGAUCUCGACCGCCUUAAACGAUACCUUACGGGAGAUACCACUGCCACAUUUGCCUCAUCACUGGGAAUUUCUUCCUCCACCAUUGCUGCUAACUAACAACUUCUUUGGGAACUUUGACUUUGAAGUAAUGAAUUAGAAGAUGGCUGCAUCUGUAAUAUUACAAAACUAACUAUGCCUUUUCCCAGCAUUUCUUUGGAGGGUAUUUGUAUGUAUGUUACUUGCAUUGUUAAGUAGAAACAUUUUUAGUAAGAUGGAAA